AUGAGCGCUGCGAGGCCUUUCCUCAAUUCGAGCUACCUGCGUCACACUGCCCUCGCUGCAGUCGCCUGCGCUGGUGUUCACAGCUCAACGCGAAGGACCAACCCCAUUAAGCUCGACAGCCCUUCUAGCGGACAUGCCCCUCAAGAUGCCUCUCUUAUAGCCUACGCUCGACGUGUGCAGAGUCACUAUGCCCAAGCCGAAGACCCCAAGCACGCCACAAAAAGAGGUGACGCGACCAUCAUCGACAGAGCAAACGAUACUGAUCAAUAUGCCCCGGCCUUUGAAAGCGACGACGAGAAUGCUUGGGCUUCCUUCUCGAGAAACUUCAACAAUGUAAAAGAAGGUAUUGCGAGGAUAGAAUGGGGCACCGUUGGCGACAAGAUCACAGACUGGGUUGUGCCAAACUGGGUCAAGAUCCUUCCGGAUGGAUUUCAAAAGCUUCAGUUCGAACUCUCCAUGCAGCCAGGAACGUUGGCAGAUCAGAUCUGGCAGGAGGCACACGACCCAUCCAUCAACCCAGAGAUCGCGUGGAACGCUACUGUUCGCGUUGGAGAUACCCUAGGCAGUGACGAAUUGGAGUUCCGGCGCAAAAGGAAGAAAUACGUCGUCAAAGCGUUGGCAAAAUAUCUAGGCCUCGAUGAGAAGGAGAUCCACCCCGAUGAUGUGCCUACUAUUGCCAUCUGUGGAAGUGGCGGUGGCCUUCGAGCAAUGGUUGCUGGUACAAGCAGCUACCUGUCUACUCAAGAGGCGGGUCUCUUUGAUUGUGUCACAUAUACCGCCGGAGUCAGCGGCAGCUGUUGGCUACAGACACUGUUCUACUCGUCGCUGGGCAAGCAAGAUCACAGGCAACUCCUCAAGCACAUAAAGUCGCGGAUUGGGACCCAUAUUGCAUUUCCUCCGCCGGCAUUGAAGCUUGUCACGAGUGCUCCGACCAACAAGUUCAUCCUCAGCGGCUUUGUCGAGAAGCUCAAAGGUGAUCCUGGUGCUUGUUUUGGCCUCGUGGAUGUCUACAGUCUUUUGCUCGCUGCCAGGCUUCUAGUUCCACACGGCGAUCUCGAUGUCAACGAUCAUGACCUGAAAUUGUCAAAUCAACGGGUAUAUAUUGAGGACGGCCAGUUUCCCAUGCCCAUAUAUACUGCCGUGCGUCACGAAAUACCUGUGGAUGUGGAAGAGGAGAAGAAAUCUAGAGACAACCUGGCUCUCAAGCAAGAGAUUAAGGAGAAAGCUAGGAAGGAGGCAUGGUUUCAAUGGAUAGAAAUGCACCCCUGGGAAGUAUGGUGUGAAGAGUUCGGUGCUGGUAUCCCAACUUGGAGCUUGGGUCGGCCUUUCAAAAACGGCCAAAAUAUGUUACUUGACACUGGUAUCGCCCUGCCAGAAAUCCGACAAAGCCUUCUUCUUGGAAUAUGGGGUUCGGCCUUCUGCGCAACAUUGGCACACUACUACAAAGAGAUCAAGCCCGCUUUGAUCGGGAUGGUGGGAUUUGAAGGCGUGAACCUGCUGGUUGAAGAGAAGAAUGAAGAUCUGAUCAAGAUCCACCCCAUCGACCCGGCCACAAUUCCGAACUUCGUGUACGGCAUGGAAGGCCAACUCCCCUCGACUUGUCCUGACUCUGUCUUCAAAAGCGACCAUCUCCAGCUAAUGGAUGCUGGAAUGAGCAACAAUCUCCCAAUAUACCCACUCCUGCGACCUGGCCGAGAUGUAGACGUCUUGAUUGCGUUCGAUGCGUCGGCAGAUAUCCAGAAAGAGAACUGGCUUUCCGUGGUCGAUGGGUAUGCCAAACAGCGUGGUAUCAAGGGGUGGCCAGUCGGUGCAGGAUGGCCAAGGAAGUCGUCCAAACCGCAAGAGAAUGCCAAAGCACUAGAAGAAGCACAGGCGACGUCUCCCCAAGAAGCGGCUACGAAACUCGCCGAGGCGAGGGAGGAGGAUCGCGAGAACAAAGCUGCAAGAAAGGACAAUACCCCAGAAAGUCCGACGACUGGCGAGAACCCAGAUGCGGCGAGUACACUCGGCCCUUGCACUGUCUGGGUAGGCAGCAAAGCCGAAAGAUCCAGCGACGAAGAGCCUCCGCCCUCCAAAAGUCUCAACUGGGACAUCAGCGACACCAAAGACUCGGCCUCGUUCCACUUGAUGGACCCAGACGCCGGCAUUGCCGUGAUCUACUUCCCUCUCCUUCCACAUCCCGAUGUGCCGAACAUCGACCCGGACAAAUCCGACUUUAUGAGUACCUGGAAUUUCAUAUACACGCCCGAACAGGUCGACAGUGUGGUGGAGCUGGCAAGGCGGAAUUUUGCAGAGGGACAGGAAAAAGUCAGGAGUACGGUCAGGGCGGUUUAUGAGAGGAAGAAGAAGGUGAGGAUCGAGAGGGAGGAGAAGAAGACCAGCAAGGAAUGGAAAGGCCGGAUGAGGAGGAUGGGCAAUAGCUUCGUAUGA